CUCAUGAUCAAAAAUCUUCAGCUUUUUAAAUUCCUAAUCCACGUAUAAAACCUUCUCUCCUUCAUUUGUUCAUACAAAUUUUUUCAUUUUUGUUUAAAUAAAAAAAAUAAAUCCAAAGAUUACAUCGGUUUUCACGUAUUUUAUCCAACAAGGUGGCGCACCAUAACAGGUCAGGUGAGUUCGUCGGGUUUCCACCUGUCGGAGAUGGCAGUCCCGAACAACAAGAACAUGAUAGCUGCCGACAAGGACAAGCAGAGGAUAGGGUUGAAUCAUCAGAUAUGUUUUUUGGAUCACAAAGUCAUCAUCAAGCAACCGAGAUGUCUGCAAUGGUAUCUGCCUUGACUCAUGUUGUCUCUGGCCAAAGAUUUGCUGCUUGGGAUUGUUACCCUUUUAACAUGGACGCCACUUGUUUCCAACAGACACAAACUGGUUCAGCUUCUGGUCUUGCUCCAUGCAAGAUUGGUCAAAAAAGGGGCCGUGCAGAAGACGUUACUGCUCAUUUGGUUCAAACAAGCUCUCAUGCCCAUUCAUCAUCUCCUGCAACUUCUGUAACUGAAGAAAUUGAAACGGCGGCAACCACAUCAAUGGAAACUGCAGGUGAAGCAGCGGCAGCGUCCAAUGAAGAAACCGGCGAGCCGAGGAGAAGAUACCGAGGGGUUAGGCAAAGGCCAUGGGGGAAAUGGGCGGCGGAAAUACGCGACCCUAACAAAGCAGCGAGGGUCUGGCUCGGUACAUUCGAUACGGCUGAAGCGGCCGCCAGAGCCUACGAUGAAGCCGCGUUGAGAUUCAGGGGAAACAGAGCAAAGCUUAAUUUCCCGGAAAAUGUCAGAGUUGUUGUUCCUCAACCAAUGCAGAAUUUUCCAACCACCCAAACACCAGUUUCCAGUUCUCAAACAACCCAUUUUCCAUCAUAUUAUCAAUCCCCACCUACUGCUGAUAUGCUUAGAGAUUAUUGGCAAUACUCUCAGUUACUGCAGAGCUGUAAUGAUUUCCACGAACAACAAGCUACAAGCUUGCUGAACCAGAUGAUUCAAUCAUCUCAAUUACCCAAUGUCCAACCGCCAUUGUUAUCUUCUUCUCUCUCACCACCUUUGCUUUCAUCACCAUCAUCUUCUGCCUCUGCUUCUUUUCCUCUGCUUUUUGGUGAGCAACACCAAAUGGGCAUUUCCAGGCCGCCCUUUAAUCAAACUCAGGUUAGUCAAUCAGAUUUUCCGGUGCCGCCGCCGCCAUGGUCUCAUCCUGGUCAUCAUUCUUCAUCCACUUGUUAAAAUAAGUAUAUCCCAUUUUUUUAUAUACAAGGAAGAAAUAAUGAAUUUUAUCGUUUAUUAAAAACGAGAAGUUAGUGUUUUA